UGGAUUUGAUUUUCACAAGGAAGAUACAAUGGAAGGGGAUAUAUUUGCGUCGAUCGGGAACGGAUCGCAGUUAGGAGUUGAUGGGAAAGUGCUACAAACAUUUCAAAAGAGCUUUGUACAAGUCCAAAACAUUUUGGACCAAAACAGGCUGCUGAUUACCGAGAUCAACCAGAAUCAAGAAUCUAAAUUACCCGUUAACCUAACAAGAAACGUCGGUCUGAUUAGAGAGCUCAACAACAAUGUUAAAAGGGUGGUUGAUCUUUACGGUGAUCUUUCAAACUCGUUUAGCAAGUCGAUGGAUGCAGAAUCAGAGUCGUGUGGCACAACUCGAUCUGAUGGCAAAAAGAGAGGGAGAUCUGGCUAAAAGCAAGUAUGCAAAUGGUUUGUUUUCAUGGAUCCCUACAAAAUCUCGACGUUCAUAAGAAAUGGCGGCUUGGAGUAUGAAUAAUAACCCAUGCAAUUUUAGUUUA